AUGGCCAGCGCCAAGGUCAAGGAGCAUGGACCUAAGCUUCAACCUGAUGGAGUUAAGGACUUAGAGCUUGAACCAGUGGAGCAGCUUGAACGUGAGGGAAGAAAGCUAGUAGCUGAGGAUGAGCUUGAACCGGAGCUUGUAGCUGAGGAAGCUUUAGCUGCACCAAUGGAAUUGGUUACUCAUUACAGAGUUAAUCUUGAGCUAAAAUGGAGAAAACCUGAUCCUAAACCUCCCUGGUUUUUGAUCCAAGCUCAAGAGAUCAGCAAAUGGGCAUGUGUCUCAUUUGUACUCUUUUUCCCUUGUCUUUUGGAGCAUUUGGAGCAUAUGGGACGUGAGGAGCAUGGAAGGACUUGGUGCAUGGACGCAGCUCAACUGGACACGCAAAGGAAGAAGGAGGAAGCCAUCUUGAAGACCAGCUCGACCUCCUACUCGACCAACCGGUCGAGUUCCUCAACUCGACCGGCCAAGCUUCAACUCGAUCGAGCUGAGAAGUCAAAGUCAAACCCGAAAAAUGUUGCUUCCCCCUUGACUUUCCUUUGA